AGUGGCCGGAACUACAGGCAACUUUGGCGACAGAGGAAAAUGGCUGAGUACUUGCGKCUGCCUCACUCCCUGGCGCUGAUCCGCCUCCGAAACCCGCCGGUCAACGCGAUCAGUUUGACUGUACUCAAUGGAAUAAAAGAGGGACUAAAGAAAGCCAUAUCCGACCAUACAGUAAAAGCCAUUGUGAUAUCUGGAGAAAAUGGAAUAUUCUGUGCAGGUGCAGAUAUCCACAGCUUCAGCACUCCUAGAUCCUCUGCCGUUGGAUUGGGAAGUUUAGUUGAUGAAAUACAGAGAUAUCAGAAGCCCGUGGUAGCUGCUAUCCAAGGYGUGGCCUUAGGAGGGGGACUGGAGCUAGCCUUGGGCUGUCACUAUAGGAUUGCUCAUGCAGAGGCUCAYGUUGGCUUCCCAGAAGUCACACUAGGAAUUCUUCCUGGUGCAAGAGGAACCCAGCUUCUCCCCAGACUCAUUGGAAUUCCUGCUGCACUUGACUUAAUUACCUCAGGAAGACACAUUUUGGCCYGUGAUGCACUCAAACUGGGCAUUCUGGAUGAAGUUGUGAACUCAGACCCAGUAGAAGCAGCAGUCAAAUUUGCCCAGAGAAUUUUAGAUCAACCUUUAGAAUCUCGCAGAAUCUUGAACAAGACAGUGCCAAGCUUGCCCAACAUGGACACCAUUUUCAGGGAAGCCUUUGCAAAGAUGCAGAAGCAGUACCCUGGGUGCCUGGCUCCAGAGACUUGUACUCUUGUCCGUGCUGUCCAGGCCUUUGUGAAGUCCUAUGAAGUGGGCAUCAAGGAGGAAGAGGAACUGUUUCAGUACCUUCGGGGAUCAGGGCAGGCUAGAGCCCUGCAAUAUGCUUUCUUUGCUGAAAAGAAUAUGAAUAAGUGGUCCACUCCCUCUGGGGCCUCGUGGAAACCAGCAUCAGCAUGACCCCUCUCCUCAGUUGGUGUCCCAGGCUUGGGAACCAUGGGCCGAGGCAUUGCCAUUUCUUUUGCAAGGGCCAAGAUCCCUGUGAUUGCUAUAGAAUUACCAAAAGUAGCUCAAAUCUCAGAGAAGGUAACUUCCAUCUUGGAAAAGGAAGCAUCCGAAAUGCAGCAGAAUGGCCAGCCUUGGUCAGGACCAAAACUCAAGUUCAGUUCAUCUAUGAAGAAGCUUGCUAGUGUAGACUUAGUUGUUGAAGCAGUAUUUGAGGAUAUGAAGCUGAAGAAAUGAGUCUUUGCUGAACUGUCAGCUGUGUGCAAGCCAGAAGCAUUUUUGUGCACCAAUACUUCAGCCCUGGACAUGGAUGAGAUGGCUUCUUCCACGGAUCGGCUGCAUUUGGUCAUUGGCAUGCACUUCUUCACACCAGCUCAUGUAAAGAAGUUGUUAGAGGUUAUUCCUAGCCGACACUCUUCCCCCACCACCAUUGCCACUGUUAUGAACUUAGCUAAAAAGAUUAAGAAGAUUGGCAUAGUCGUAGGCAACUGCCAUGGCUUUGUUGGUAAUUGAAUGCUGGUCCCUUAUUUUGACCAGACAUAUUUCUUGUUAGAAGAAGGUAGCAAGCCAGAGGAGGUAGAUCAGGUGCUGGAGGAGAUAGGUUUUAAAAUGGGAACCUUUCGAGGGUCUGACCUUGCUGGGUUGGAUGUGGGUUGGAAAGUUCACCAGGAACAAGGUCUUACUGGACCCGCAUUGCCUCCUGGUACUCCUGUCCAAAAGCGGGGUACUAGAUGAUACUGCCCGAUUCCUGAUGUGCUCUGUGAAUCAGGACGCUAUGGGCAGAAGACAGGGCGGGGGUGGUAUCAAUAUGACAAGCCAUUGGGGAAGGUUCAUAAGCCUGAUCCCUGGCUUUCCAAAUUUCUGUCACAGUAUAGAGAAACCCAUCAUACUGAACCCCGUGUUAUUAGCCAGGAUGAGAUCCUUGAGUGCUGCUUGUAUGCACUCAUCAGUGAAGGGUUCCGUAUCUUGGGAGAAGGGAUGGCUGCUGGCCCAGAGCACAUUGAUGCUAUCUACUUGAAUGGGUAUGGCUGGCCAAGGCACAGGAGUGGGCCCAUGUUCUAUGCUUCCACAAUUGGGUUGCCCACAGUUCUGGAGAAGUUGCAGAAAUACUACAGGCAGAAUCCUGAUAUUCCCCACCUGGAGCCCAGCGACUACCUAAAAAAGCUGGCCUCCCAGGGAAACCCUCCUCUGAAAGAAUGGCAAAGUUUGGCAGGGCCUCCCAGCAGUAAAUUGUGA